AUGCACCGACCAGGGAAGAGCUGCCGCGCGCGCCAAGAGACGGUCGAGAGGGACUCCGAUAUCGUGGGCCAGGGGUCGGGAUCGUCGAGCACUCGGCCGAGGCUGUCGAAGGUCGGACGAUACGAGGGGCGGGGGAGGUUGGCCGAUGUAGCGAGUCGGCGGCCGGUGAGGAGGUCUAAAGCCUUCCUCGUCGCGAGGUUCCGGCCUGGAGACCAGCAGCACGCGAUGCCGGCGCAGGAAAAAGGCCAGGCUCACACCCACAGCAGCACGCAGGAGAUGGACUGUCGAUGGGGUCGGGAGAGGGUGGAGGGAGGACUGGGCAUGUCUGGUGAGUACCACCUCAUCGGGGAACAGCAGGGCCACCCGAGCAACCACAGCAGUCAGGAUGGUAGGGACGAAUACUGCUCAGUGCCCAAUCAAGCAUUCGGCGGGUUCCGGCUGCAGCCCGCUGGCCAGGGCUUAAGCAGCGGCGUGGACAAUGGUGAAGCCGGCGGCACCCUGCGGACCCUGGCCGGUGUCCAUCGAACCAUGCAGGCCUGGACCCGUUGCGAGAGCACGAGGCGGGAUAAGCAGCACUGA